AUGUACAUCUCUAGAUUUGACCAGUACUUCAUUGCUAGUAAAAUCGAAGAAGAAUUGGAAAUAAAUACACUGUUGGCUGUCGUCGGUAAAGAAAUGUCCGAGCUGAUCAUUGAUUUGUGUAACAAACCGGAGGAAAUUACCUAUGAGGCAAUGAUCAGGUUAGUUAUAAAUCAUCUACAACCAGAGCCGUCCAAAAGAGCAGAAAGGUUUAAACUAAGAUUGCGCAAGCAAGAGCGCGGCGAAUCUUUAGCGCAAUAUUUAGAUGCACUUAAAAAAUUAGCUAAAACAUGCCAGUUUGGAGAGUUUGGAAGACCAUUCAACUGA